AUGAAGGUCCUCCCAAGUGUUUUGGCUUUGGCCAAAUCUUCAGCUGCCAACCCAUGCCCCUCCUCCGAGUGCUGGAGCUUCGAUGAAGCUUCCGGUACUUGCAACCUUAAAGAAGGAUGCGCCUCCAUCAGCUGCUCUGCUGACUCGAUGGAAGUAAAAUUCUCUGCCGACUACUUCGAUGGCCAAUACUGCGUCCAAUGCAACUUGGGUGAUUGCGGUAUGUCUGCCGCCUCCAACGCCGACGGAGACAUCAACUUCAAUCUCGAACUCACCGUCGACAGUGACUCCUCGUUCGCCUCCGUUGGAGACAUUGAGCUUUACAACACCGCCAAAUCUGCCUCCCUUUCCGCUUCAUGCACAUACGACUCCACCGUCAGCGUCUCGAGCAAGGAUUACAACGUUGUCAGCGCUGUCGCCGAUGGCGAGCUCUCCGCCCACGGUGAUCUCUCCUCCGCCUUUUCCCUCAACCUUUUCUCCGACCAGUCCCGAACCUCUCCCAUCGACGGUCUCGCUUACAUCGGUGCGCGUGUCUGGGCUGAUGUUGAAUGGAGCGCUGACCAGGACCUCGUCCAGUUCUACGUCUCCGACUGCUCUGUUAACCUCGGUGGUGCUCGAGCUGUUUCUGCUCAGAUCAUCAAGGACAACUGCUACUCCAACGCCCUCGGAGUCACCAAGACUGGACCUGUCCACGAAUACCUUCAGUCCAAGAAGGCUGGAUUCACCUUCAACUCCUUCUCUAGCGAUGCUAGCGUCAACUCCCAGGAAGUUCAGGUCACCUGUGACGUCAAACUUUGCGUCAACGGUGAGGACAAUUGCCAGAUCCAGACCGAGACUUGCUCCGAUGCCGAUGCUGAGGGUUACAACUACACUCCAACUGGUUGCGCCGAGCACGUCAACGUCCAGCAGCCCGAUGAGUCUGGCGAAUGCAUUGAUUGGAUCAAUGACUUCCCCAACCACGGUCUUCCAGAAAUGACCUACGAUAGCAACCUUGUUGAUGAGAACCUUCUCCACGCUCCAGAGAACUUGAGGCGAACUGGUUUCUGCAUCGACGAGAAUGGCCAGGCCACCCUUACCCUCUCCGACGGUACUGUCUUCAUCGGUCAGGACCGAGACGGUGUUGUUGACUUCCGAGGUGUCCCAUACGCUAUUCCACCACUCCACGAGAUGCGAUGGACCCAGCCUUUGGUCAAGCUCAACUUCGAAGGAAAGACCUAUGACUUCUCUGACUUCGGUGACGCUUGCGCCCAGCACCAUCAUGCUGACGGAACCUCCGAGGAUUGCUUGAACAUCAACAUCUCCGUCCCACGAGAUGCUCUUGAAGAAGGCCGACUCGUCCCAAUCAUCUACGUCGUCCACGGUGGUGGUUUCAACCACGGUAACAACCGAUGGCGAUCAUCUGACUUGAUCAAGAAGGAGCAGGUUGCUAUCUUCAACAUCGGUUACCGAUUCGGUAUCUUCGGUUUCUACACACUCCCAGAGAUCGAACAGGGCCAGAAUUUCCAGACCAACUGGGGUCUCCAGGAUCCAGUUGCCGCCAUGGCCUUCUCCCAGACCUACGGUCCAAUCUUCGGUGCUGAUCCAGAGAACGCUUCCUUCUCUGCCCGAUCUUCCGGUGCCGAAAUCGUCUGGCGUCUCCUUACCGUCCCAUGCGCUUGGCCAUACUUCAAGCGAGUCAACAUGAUGAACAUGGGUCUUAACACUGAGUACCCACUCGACCACACCCCCAAGCUCCGAGAUGUUGUCUACGGCGAGCUCAACUGCUCUGACACUCCUUGCAUGCGAGCCCAGGAGCACGAUGAUCUUGCUCACGCUGGUGACGCUGCUGCCUACGGUGCUCGACAUCCAACCAAGAUCACCCUCGAACCGGGUUUCGGUAUGGUCGUCGAUGGUCGAUUCGGUCGACAACAGCUCAUGUUUGACGUUCGAGACGGUAACGUUCGACCACACACUCCCAUCGCCUGGUCUUACUCCGAGCACGAUAACUGGGCCUUCAACCAUCUUGCCUUUGCUAACUCUAUGUACAAGUUCAUGACUGAUCAACUUGGAGACAUUUCUGCUGCCAAGGCCUCCACUGGACACAAGGUCCCAUACCCAUUCGGAAACACUCUCAUUGAGCGAUUCUACGCCAACUACGAUGAUAUUUCCGUCAUCAAAGAGAACUUCUUCUGCGAAGACAACGGUGAGGACUGCAACGACAUCUUCUCUCGAUGGGUCAACUCAAUGAACUGGGUUUGCAACACACGAUGGGGUCUUAAGGGUGCCCUCUCUGACCCAGAGAACUUCCCUGAACUCGGUCCCCUUUACGUCACACAAUUCUCCGCCAAGAACUGUGAUCCCGAUCCAGUUACCGGUGACUACCGAAAGACCUGCCACACCGGUGAAGGUCCAUUCGUCUAUGGUGACUACAACCUUAAGGUCAUUGACGAUAACCUCGGUCGACUUUACUACGAUAUGUCCGCCAAGGAGUCCGUCUGGCUUGUCGACAGAAUGCGAUCCGCAUGGGGUGAAUACUUCCGAACCGGUGAGUUCCCAGCCGGAACCAUCGAAAAGUGGUCCGACAUCGAUGAUGAUCAACACGAAACCUACAACGUCAUUAGCCCAGCCAACGGUUACGAAUGGGCUCAGGAGAAGACCUACGUCGAUGAGUGCCGAGCUCUUGAUCAAUUCCACUAUGACGAUUGCGUCGAAAACGACUACAUUGUCGCCACUUCCCAAGGUGGUCCAGCUCUUGACAAGGACAAUGUUGCCGAUGGAUUCCAGAUUACCGGUGCCUCCAAGGGUCAAUUCGGUGGUUCUGAAGAAGCCGAAGCCGAACUCGCCGCUCUUGAAGCCAAACAGGCCCUCGAAGCCGCCAAGGCUGCUGCCAAAGCCGUUCUUGCUGCCUCUCUCCUCGAAGCCGAAGAGGCUGAAGAAGUUGUUGUCGAAGAAGAAAAGACCUACUUCGAUUACCUCAACGCCGAACUCCCAGCUUCUGACUUUGAGCUCAAAUCCUUCUCUUGCAAUGGUGAAACUUGCGAUGUCGAGACGAACCUCGGCGUCACGUUCACUUGCCUUGACCGAGAUGACGUUGUCGAUUGCCGAGGUAUCCGAUACGCUGAGGCCCCAGAAGGUGCUCUCCGAUGGAAGUCUCCAGUCCUCAUCAAGUACGAAAACGAAGCCGUUGACGCUACUGAAUGGGGUAACAUGUGCGCUUGCCACCGAUGCUACGGUGUCCAACAAGAAAUCUCCCAGGAAGAUUGUCUUACUGUCAACAUCGCUGUCAAGAAGGACGCUCUCGCCAACUCUGAAGGUGUUCCAAUCGUCUACUACCUCCACGGUGGCGGAGGAAACCACGGUUUCAACCGAUAUGACGCUUACGAUAUGGUCACUGAACAGAACGUUAUGGUUGUCUCUGUUGCUUACCGACUUGGUAUGUUCGCUUACCUCCUCCUCCCAGAAAUUGAAGAUGGCCAGAAAUACCGAUCCAACUUCGGUCUCCAGGAUCAGCAGGGUGCUAUGAAAUGGGCUCAGAAAUACGCUCCAAUCUUCGGUGGUAACCCAGCUGAAGCCGUUCUUUCUGGUUCCUCCUCUGCUGGUGAAGCAGUCUGGUGGCACACAGUCCUCGAAGAGUCCUGGCCAUUCUACAACAAGGUCAAUGUUAUGUGCAUGGGUGUCAACAACGCCGUCAGCACUCAAGUCGGUGAGGAUACCACCAAGCUCGUCCUCAAAUUCCAGGGAUGUGACACCAUCGACUGCCUCCGACAGUACUCCCGAGAAGAAAUCCGAGAUGCUGCCAACAAGGCCGCUGGUACCGCCCGACACUCUUCCUCCAAGAUCACUCUCGAACCCGGAUUCGCCCCAGUUAUCGAUGGCAAGAUGAUCGUUGACGAUCUUUUCACUCUUGUCUCCAGCAAGAAGAUCAAGAAGCACACUCCUAUCUCCUGGUCUUACAACGAUCACGACCAAUGGGAAUUCAACCAUCUCUCUUUCUUCACCCACAAGAACAAGUUCCUCUGGAGAGAAAUCGAAGCUGUCGAAGCCGCUGAAGCCAAGGGCUUCGUUGUUCCAUCCAACUUUUCUGACCGAAUCCUCGAAGAGAUCUUUGGCCCUGAAGCCGAUGGUGUCAAGGAAGUUUUCGGAUGCGCUGAUGAUGGUGAGACCAAGGAGUGCAACGUCCAGUACGAUCGAUUCCUUACUUCUUACGGAUGGACUUGCAACACCCGAGCUGCUCUUGAUGCCCUUCGAGGUGAUGAUGACUUCGGUCCAAUCUACAUUACCCAAUUCAAUGCCCGAAACUGCGCCCCAGACGAGAACGGAGUCUUCACCAAGACUUGCCACUGCACUGAAGCUCACUUCAUGUACAACCAGAACUUCGUUGUCCCACGACUCGAAGGACAGUACACUGAUGACCAGAAGAAGACCGACGAAUGGCUCGCCACUGCUGAGAUCCAGAACCUCAAGCAAGUCAUGCGACAGACUUUCGGUCAGUUCUUCCGAGAUGGUACUUUCCCAGAAGGCACCGUCCAGGAAUUCAACAACGCUGGUCGAACCACCGUCAACACCAUUGCCGAGUCCGCUGAAUUCGCCUUCGAAGAGACCUUCGUUGAUGAGUGUAACGCUCUUGACAACGCCUUCGGUGGACAAUACCUUGAGCGAACCUGGCGACAACUCGGUGUCAACUGGCACUACUGGGAUGCCAAGCCCGUCCAGGCCGUCUGCGAAGCUUAA